CCUCGGGCAGCGCCCGGGCGGGUCGCGGCUGCCAUGGCUCGGCCUCGCGUGCGCCUGGUGGUCACCGCCGACGACUUUGGCUACUGCCCGCGGCGCGAUGAGGGCAUCGUGGAGGCCUUCCUGGCCGGGGCGGUGACCAGCGUGUCCCUGCUGGUCAACGGCGCGGCCGCGGAGAGCGCGGCGGAGCUGGCCCGCAGGCACGGCAUCCCCACGGGCCUCCACGCCAAUCUGUCCGAGGGCCGCCCAGUGGGCCCUGCCCGCCACGGCGCCUCGACGCUGCUCAGCCCCGAAGGCUUCUUCCUCGGCAAGAUGGGAUUCCGGGAGGCGGUGGCGGCCGGCGACGUGGCUCUGCCCCAGCCUGGAGCACGCGCAGGCUCGAGGAGGGGUCUUCCUCGGGAGCUGCUCCGGGACCCUCAAGGUGCCAAUCGUCCUCUCCCCCCAGGUUCGGGAGGAGCUAGAGGCCCAACUAAACUGCUUCCGGGAGUUGCUGGGCAGGGCCCCCACACACGUGGACGGGCACCAGCACGUGCAUGUGCUCCCAGGCGUGUGCCAGGUGUUCGCCGAGGCGCUGCAGGCCUACGGGGUGCGCUUCACACGGCUGCCGCUGGAGCGCGGCGUGGGCGGCUGCGCGUGGCUGGAGGCCCCAGCGCGCGCCUUCGCCUGCGCCGUGGAGCGCGACGCCCGGGCCGCCGUGGGCUCUUUCUCCCGCCACGGCCUGCGGUGGACAGACGCCUUCGUGGGGAUGAGCACUUGCGGCCGGCACAUGUCUGCUCAUCGCGUGUCGGGGGCGCUGGCGCGGGUCCUGGAAGGUAUCCCGGCGGGCCAUGCCCUGACAGCCGAGCUGAUGGCACACCCUGGAUACCCCAGUGUGCCUCCUGCUGGGGGUUGUGGUGAAGGCCCUGACGCAUUCUCCUGCUCUUGGGAGCGACUACAUGAGCUGCGUGUUCUCACCGCGCCCACGCUGCGGACCCGGCUUGCCCAGGAAGGCGUGCAACUCUGCGCCCUCGAUGACCUGGACUACAAGAGACCUGGGGAGGGAGUCCCCUGUGAGGCCACUCUGGAACCCUUCCUGGAGCCCUCCCCAUCCUGACCCUACAGACAGCCAAGCACUAAUGCCUUUUGGUGCUGAGGAAGGGGCCAGGAUUAAGCACGGGCACAGCCCUGAACUAGGCUCUUGAGCACGGUCUGUAACUACCCUGGGUGGGACACUGCCACUUUUGUGCCCAGGUUCUCAGGGCUCAGAAUGGCAUCCACAGCUUGGGCAGCCCUUCUUGACUAGAGGGGGGCCAGCCUGUGACAUCAGGGCCCAGGACCUGCAGAGCAUUUGGUGCCCUUUCAUGUUGCAGUGUAAACACUUUCAUUGUUUAAGGGGGAGUGGGGAAGAGAUUGCUACAAUAAUAAAAAAUAAAUUUUCUUUCACA